AUGAUCUUGGUACAAAGAGAGCUGUGGCAGCAUGUAACUGGUGAAGCCACUCUUCCUGAAAAUUCCUCUCUCAAAGAACAAAAACGGUUCAAGAAUAAAGAAAACAAGACUCUGGCAACGAUCGCACUUGGUGUUGACCCGGAACAUCAGAUACACAUCCUGGACUGCGAAAAGGCAUCCGAUGCAUGGGACGCAUUACAAAAGAUCUUCGAAUCAAAGUCACGGGCAAGAAUUCUACAGCUGAAGAAGCAAAUGUUGACCAUAAAGUUAAAACCCAACGAAACUAUGAAUUCAUACUUGACGAGGCUAAAGACGUGCAGCGACAGUUUAAAAGAGGUUGGUUACGAAUUUAAAGAUGAAGAUUUAGCUUAUAGUAUGUUGGCAGGUCUCCCAGAUGAGUACGACGGAAUAGUAAUGUCAUUGGCAAAUCUGGAUGAUGAAAAAUUCAAAUCAGCUGAAAUUAAGGAGGUUCUUAUGAAUGAAUUUGAACGACGAAUUCUGAAGGAGACUAAACCAACGGAGGAGCAACCAAAGGAGACUUAUAUUCAAACAAAAAAAAAAAACUGUAACAAUGGGCUAUUAGUAGAAUUAAAUAACACUGCACUGAAUGAUUCGUGGUUAAUAGAUAGUGGAGCUACUCAUCACGUAUGUAAAUAUAGAGACUGGUUCGAUAGUUACAAACCAAUAGUUAACGAAACAAUUUACUCAACAGAUAGUUAA